UUGUAAGAUUGUACAACCCAGAAACCUCAAACGAUGAUGAGAAAAAAAUUACCUUCCAUUUCAAAUCACAUAGUUUUCCUAUCCAACCCAGAAAUUGGUAACUUAGUCCCAACAGUUCAAUUUGCUCAACGCCUACUCCAUCACCACCCUAGUUUUUCUGCAACAAUUCUUCUCAUCACCGUUCCUCAAAGACCAGUGGUCAAUACCUUCAUCCAAUCACUCCCUACCAUCGCUCCAAACAUCCAAUUAGUCCAUCUUCCUCAUGUGGACACACCCACACCUGACCAGAUCGCCACCUUUACACUCGCCAGCAUAUCUCACCACCCUCAUUUGGAUGCACCCUCAACUGGCUCCACCUCUGAACUGGGCUACAUAUCCCUUCUCAUAAAGAAGCAAAUGCCCAACGUCAGACAAAUCAUGACAGACCUUAACUCCACUAAGUCUGGAUCGAAAUCAGGUCGAGUUGUGGCAUUAUUCGUUGACAUGUUUUGCACACCCAUGAUUGACGUAGCUGACGAGCUUGGCAUUCCUUGUUACCUAUUCUUUGCAUCACCAGCAACUUUUCUUGGCUUCAUGCUUGAGCUUCCCACCCUUGAUCCCUAACAUAUUUUUGAAUCAGAAACUAAGCUGAAAGUGGGUAGUUUUGCCAAACCAUUACCUUGUAAAGUGCUUCCAUCGACGGUGUUAAAGCGAAGAGAUGGGUACUCUUGGUACUUGUACCAUGCUCGAAGGUACACAGAGACGAAAGGUAUUAUUAUCAAUACAUUUCAAGACCUUGAGCCAUAUGCAUUGGAUUCAAUAAGUAAGAUGGAUGGGGUGCCUAGGAUUUUUCCAAUUGGGCCCAUAAUUGACGAUAAUGGGCCCAUCAAAUGGCAUCCAGAGAAGGCCAACUUUCAGAGCCUUAUUAGUUGGCUUGACAAUCAGCCUACAUCUUCAGUAGUGUUCUUGUGCUUCGGUAGUAUGAGAAGUCUCAAUGAGGCUCAAGUGAGAGAGAUAGCAAUUGGGCUAGAACGGGCCGGAUAUCGAUUCUUAUGGUCUCUCCGUGAACCACCCAAGACUAAAUUAGCAAUCUCAAGUGACUAUGUGGAUCUUGUAAAAGUAUUACCAAAUGGAUUCUUGAACAGAACAAAUGGGAUGGGCUUAGUUUGCGGAUGGGUCCCACAAGUGAAGAUCUUGGCCCACAAAGCAGUCGGAGGGUUUGUGUCACAUUGUGGUUGGAAUUCAAUCUUGGAGAGCUUGUGGCAUGGCGUACCGAUUACGACAUGGCCAAUAUUUGCGGAGCAACAAAUGAAUACUUUUGAGAUAGUGGAAGAGUUGGGAUUAGCUACAAAGAUUAGAUUGGAUUAUAGGGAACAAAGCAAUUUAGUCACGGCAGAUGAAGUGGUGAAAGGAAUAAAUGAUUUGAUGAGGGAAAAUAAUAAAGUGAGAGAAAAUGUGAAAGUUAUGAAGGAGAAGAGCAGAAUGACUUUGAUGCAAAAUGGAUCGUCCCAACAAUUAUUGAAGGCCUUGGUUGAGGAAUUGAUUGCUAGUAGUUAAUAAUAUAGUAGUUAAUAAUAUAUUCUCUUUGCUUGAAUUUUUUAAUAUGAUGCUUGAAGUGGUGACAAAUUUUUACACAUAAUUUGUCUAAUGAUAUGGAAAACUUAAACAUCUAAAUAAAUUGUGUGUUUGAAAUACAUAAUACAUUAUUUUAUCUGUAUUUUAUAAUUGUGUAUAACAAAUAUUUUUCACAUCAUUAGAAUUAAAAUAUUCGUAAAUAUACAAAAUGUAUGAGCUUAUAAGCCAAAACCAUUGACAUCCAUGAUAAAAUGAGAAACAAUUUUAACUAAAACAAUCUUUUAUCUUACAUAGAAUUUACUCAAUAUGAUAUUUCAAAACAUUGUUUGAAAAUAUGGUAAUUUUUAGUUUGUCCUUUUUAUUGGCUUUAGUAUUUUUUAAUUUAUUGUUAUUUUUAUGGUGUUCAUUAUUCUAUAUUUUUGUAUACAAAUACAAACCACUUUUAUCGUCUUCUUUAAUUGAGUACACUUAUCGUAAACAUUUUAUUUAAUUGAUGCA